CAUUUGUGUGGACUUAAGAAGAAAACUACUUAGUUGUGUAGCCAUAUUUGAGGCCACCUUAAUACAACAUUAGCAGCUACUUUGAUUGUGAGAUUGUGUAUUGUGACUAAUAGUAUCUCAAUCCAUCUGCGGGGGCACCAAAACACAACACUGUCGAUCAAUGUCUGAACAUAAAAACCAAUAAACACGCUUUUACGUCAAUGGAAUUGGAGUCACGUGAUGAUUGAUCCAAUUGUAUUCUUCUGAAUUACAGGUUCAGAUUAUUGCCAAUCAAAGUUACAAGAUAAUAUAGACAUUUCUUGAGUAGUUCUCAAAAAUAAUGUAUAUCUUUGCUGUCUUGCUUUCUUUCCUUUUCUAUUUUAAAUUCGGUAUUUCAUUUUCCAGUACCGGGCGGUACAUUGUUGUUCCACAACAUGUGUUACUAGGCUGGAUGUAUGAGUUAGAGGACAUUGAUCGCAUUCAAUGUUUGUUGGCUUGUUCAAGGAAAAUUUACUGUUUUUCGGUAAAUUACAAUCGGAAAAGUGAAGUUUGUCAGAUAAACAAGCAAAUGCGGGAUGAUGCAACUGGAGAUUUCCUAGUAAAUUCUUCCUACGAAUACAUGGAAAAGGUUAUCAAUGAAGAUUUCAAAGAACACGGCAUUUACUUCAUGGCACGUGACGAUGGUUAUGAAGAUGCAGCUGAAUCAUGCAGUAAUCAUUUAGGAUCCAUUGCUUCUUACGAGCAGUUAUACAACGCGUUUCAACCAAGUUUGGAGAACUGCAAAGAGGGUUGGCUUCUCAGUGGCGAGAUUGCAUUUACUGAACUAACCGACCCCUGCACGUUAAAACCACCAGAACAACGUAGCAAUGUGUUUCCUUGUAAAGCAUAUCAGAGUGGGGCUUAUUGUUACAGACAAUAUAACCAAUCUGCUGAUACAUUCGACCACUUGCCAAAAACCCAACGAAUCAUUCGAUUGACAGAUAGUAAUUGGAAAAAGUUAAAUGCAGACGACGCUGAGUCCUGUUGCAGUACUAAAUUCAAUGGUCAUCUUGCAACACCACUUGACGUUUAUAAUAACUCCCUUUCACUAGGAGUUAAUCUUUGCGUAUAUGGAUGGCUCUCAAAGAUGCUGGCAGGUAAUCCAUGUGAUGGACAUACGCCACCAGACUUCUGGCUUUAUCCGGCAGGUAAUUAUAUUCGCUUCAUGCCACUGACUAACGAAUAUCUGGCAUUUUGCUUGGUUCCACUAGCAAACCAGACUUACAUUGACCCUUUCCCUUCUCAUCGUGUCGUGAAUGGACGUGGAGAAAGUCGUUACUCUUUAAAUUACUACGAUGCUGAUGCUCUCUGCAACAGCCGCGGCGGCAGAAUGGCAACGAGAGCAGAAGUAGAAUACGCAUUGCAGUUGGGAUAUGAUUGUUGUCAGAUUGGCUGGGUCACCAGUUGGGAAGCUAUUUACCCUAUAGUAGAACCCAGAGACGGAUGCUAUUGUGGUGGUUUUCCUUCAAUUUGCAAUGCAGGUUUCAACGUUUAUGCAUCCGUCUACUGCUAUAUGCCGUAACAAAAUAUUUUCAAUUAAUAUUUGGAUAAUUCCUAUGCAGCUUAGUUUUGACUCGGCAUUGUGAUGCCAAUGAGUGUUGGCCUACGGUCACAUUUUUUGCUUUUGAAUUCAUGCAGGCUGUUAAGUCUUUUGUUUCAUAUUGCGCCUCCAUGAAACGGUAUCAGCUAGAUUCCAUUAUUUACUGUUUUUCAUACAAUAAUAUAGGCAUACAUAUUUUAGAAAUAAGACCUACUUCUUUCAUAAAUAUAUAUUAUGCAUUGAAUUUUAAAAGAAGUAAGUAAUAACUAUUUUUAAAUUUACAGUAAUGCAUUAUCAUACAUCGUUUUGAUAUAGCUUUAUUAAGUGUUGUAGUAUAAUAGACUUAGGCCUAAGAUGUGAAUAUUACAUUGGUAUGUCUUUUCACUCAUACUAUACAUUCUGCUCAUGCAGUGGCGUAGGAGUAUUGGAAUUGCGGUAUGGGCACCUAAUAAAUUUAGGCCUAACUUCUUUAAAGUACUGCUACUUAAAUAUCUCUAGAAUUACAGUUGUUGCAAUUGUUUAGGGUGGGUUCCGGCCCGUUGCCACCCUGGCGCUUUUAACCGUCUAUUGCUAUGUAUGCCUUAAAAAUAUUUUCAGUUAUUAUUUGGAUAACACCUUUGCAGGUAAGUUUCAACCAUCAUGCUCUGAUAGGUGAUGCCAAUGCUCAAUGAUGUGAGUGUAGACCUACCGUCAUUAUUUUUUUUCUAAUUUAAAUUUCAUCCAGCAAUAAGUUACCAUUAAAAAUAUGUAACAACUCUGCAAGAACCUGGAUGGUAAUAGCAUGAUUGAUGGUUAAUAAUGCAAAAAAAUAUAUAUGUUGUGUUGCCCUCCGCGACCGAUCGAAAUUAAAAAAAAAAAAAUCGGUCGGCAUUUUUUUGUUAUUUUGUUUAAUGUUCUUUCACUCAAGUACAAAUUCGAGAAAUACCACUUCCGAAAUUAACAUUUAGAACAUAAAAUCUAAGACAGAUACUUGGUUAGUAUUUUUUUUCCGCGUCAUUACUUUGAAUACCGUAUUUUUUGUUUGGCAAGCUUGCCAUCGUACUGUUGUGGAACGAGGCCUUAGCUAGACUAGGGUCUUCAUAAAACUAAAAACUACUACUAAAAAAAACCAAAACAAAAAAAACAAAAAAAAAAAAAAAAAAAAAAGAAAAACGACCGACCGAUGAUUUCGAUUUUUUUUUUCUAUUUAAGGGCAACAGGAUAUUUUUUUGGCCUAAAUGCGAUUAAUUGCUGUUGGAAAUGAAGAAUGUAAAUGUGAGACAUUUGAAACGAAUAGUAGGCCUACAAUAUUUCUUGAUGCAGGAAUUAUAAAUAUUACUUUUCAUUUUAUUUCUUAUAUACAUGACCACUGUAUUCAUCUAUAUACAUGACUAAACUUAGUAUUUCGCUAUUUGCCUACAUCAGCGGUAGCAUAGACCUAUCAGCUAAAAGUAACAUAAGCAGUAUUUCCUGAUAAUAGGAAGCUUUCGAUUUGUGCGACGACGCGACGCUAUAACGGAAUCACUCAUCCGUGACCGUCCUACCUGGCGACCUACGUUCUCUGCAUACGUAGAUUU